GAAUUGAAAACGGAGAUUACCCAAAAUCUCAAAUUGACCUAAAUCAUUUAGACCAAAAAAUCAAACCGAAUUAAUUGGGUUCGAUUUUUUUGUUUAAACCGAUGUUCAAGGUGACGCACGGUAACUUGCAGAGAAAUAGAGGUCCCUCGUCUUCCAAAUUUCAUUGCUGCGUUUUAUAGAAGGGACAGAGACUUCUCACAGAUAGAGAGAAGAAUAGAGCGGGUAUCUAUAAAUACCAAUUACAAAAUUUGCCAGAUCUUGAAGACCAAUUUGAUUUAGCAAUGGCUCAGCCUCUCAUAAAGAAAGAUGACGACCGCGACGACGAAGCGGAUUAUUCUCCCUUUUUGGGAAUCGAGAAGGGAGCUGUUCUUCAGGAAGCUAGGGUUUUUAAUGACCCUCAGCUUGAUCCAAGAAAGUGCUCUCAGGUCAUCACAAAGCUUCUAUAUCUUUUGAACCAAGGAGAAACAUUCACCAAGGUUGAAGCAACAGAAGUUUUCUUUGCUGUGACAAAGCUUUUUCAAUCAAGAGAUAUAGGUUUGAGGAGAAUGGUCUAUUUGAUGAUAAAGGAGUUAUCCCCAUCGUCAGAUGAGGUUAUCAUUGUCACAAGCUCCCUUAUGAAGGACAUGAAUAGCAAGACUGAUAUGUACCGUGCAAAUGCUAUUCGUGUGCUUUGCCGUAUAACAGAUGGAACCCUACUCACCCAAAUUGAGCGAUAUUUGAAACAAGCUAUUGUUGACAAGAAUCCAGUGGUUGCUAGUGCAGCCUUGGUUAGUGGGAUCCAUUUACUACAGACAAACCCGGAGAUAGUGAAGAGGUGGAGUAAUGAGGUUCAGGAAGCUGUGCAGUCUAGAGCUGCCCUUGUACAGUUUCAUGCCCUGGCAUUGCUCCAUCAGAUACGACAGAAUGAUCGACUAGCCGUUAGUAAGUUGGUUACCAGUUUGACCAGGGGAACUGUUCGCUCUCCAUUGGCCCAAUGCCUCUUGAUACGUUAUACUAGUCAGGUUAUUCGUGAGUCAGCUGCUAACACACAAUCAGGGGACCGACCUUUCUAUGAUUUUCUUGAGGGUUGUCUACGCCAUAAGGCUGAGAUGGUGAUUUUUGAGGCUGCCAGAGCUAUUACAGAGCUCAGUGGGGUGACAAGCCGAGAAUUGACUCCGGCAAUCACUGUUCUGCAGCUCUUUUUGAGUUCUUCCAAACAUGUGCUGAGAUUUGCAGCAGUCCGCACUCUGAACAAGGUGGCCAUGACUCAUCCAAUGGCUGUCACUAACUGCAACAUUGAUAUGGAGAGUUUAAUUUCUGAUCAGAACAGAAGCAUUGCCACACUUGCAAUCACAACACUGCUUAAGACAGGAAAUGAAUCAAGUGUGGAUCGCCUGAUGAAGCAAAUAACAAAUUUCAUGUCAGAUAUUGCUGAUGAGUUCAAAAUUGUUGUGGUGGAAGCCAUAAGGUCACUUUGUUUGAAGUUUCCCUUGAAGUACAGAUCACUAAUGAACUUUUUAAGCAACAUCCUCAGAGAAGAAGGUGGCUUUGAGUAUAAAAAGGCAAUUGUAGAUUCCAUAGUGAUCCUCAUUAGAGAUAUCCCCGAAGCAAAGGAAAGUGGAUUGCUUCAUUUGUGUGAGUUCAUUGAAGAUUGUGAAUUUACAUACCUUUCAACACAGAUACUCCAUUUCUUGGGGAUUGAAGGGCCAAAGACCUCAGAUCCCUGCAAAUAUAUACGUUACAUCUACAAUCGCGUGCAUCUUGAGAAUGCAACUGUUCGGGCUGCUGCAGUGAGCACAUUAGCAAAGUUUGGUGCUUUAGUUGAUGCAUUGAAGCCACGCAUUUUUGUUCUGCUGAGACGCUGCCUCUUUGAUGGUGAUGAUGAGGUUCGUGAUAGGGCUACGCUUUAUCUUAAAACCCUUGCUGGUGAUGGUCAAGUCGUUGAAACUGAUAAAGACAUGCAAGCUUUUCUCUUUGGACCGCUAGAUAUCCCACUAGUUAACCUUGAGACAAGUUUGAAAAAUUAUGAACCUUCUGAAGAGCCUUUUGAUAUUCAUUCUGUGCCAAAGGAAGUUAAGUCUCAGCCACUUGCUGAGAAGAAAGCCCCAGGCAAGAAGCCAACUGGUCUCGGUGCACCUCCAAUUGGCCCUCCAUCUACUGUUGAUGCUUAUGAAAGGCUUCUUUCCUCCAUCCCAGAGUUCUCAAACUUUGGGAAGCUUUUCAAGUCCUCAGCACCUGUGGAGCUUACAGAAGCAGAGACAGAAUAUGCUGUUAAUGUUGUUAAGCACAUUUUUGAUGGGCAUGUUGUGUUCCAGUACAAUUGCACCAACACAAUGCCAGACCAAUUACUGGAAAAUGUUACUGUUAUUGUGGAUGCUUCAGACGCAGAGGAAUUUUCUGAGGUAGCAUCCAAGCCUUUAAGAUCUCUUCCUUACGAUUCACCUGGAGAAACUUUUGUGGCAUUUGAGAAGCCUGAGGGAGUCCCAGCAGUUGGAAAGUUUUCAAAUAUAUUGAAAUUCAUUGUUAAUGAGGUUGAUCCAACUACUGGUGAAGCAGAGGAUGAUGGUGUAGAGGACGAAUACCAACUUGAGGACCUGGAAGUGGUUGCAGCAGAUUACAUGAUGAAAGUUGGGGUCUCCAAUUUCAGGAAUGCAUGGGAAAGCAUGGGCCCUGAUUUUGAGCGUGUGGAUGAAUAUGGCCUUGGCCCAAGGGAGAGCUUGGCUGAAGCUGUUAGUGCGGUCAUCAGCCUUCUUGGCAUGCAGCCCUGUGAGGGCACAGAGGUUGUCCCUAGCAAUUCAAGGUCACACUCCUGCCUACUCUCUGGUGUUUUCAUCGGCAAUGUGAGAGUUCUUGUGAGUUUGCAAUUUGGAAUUGAUGGUCCAAAGGAGGUUGCAAUGAAACUGGCUGUCAGAUCUGAAGAUGAAUCUGUCAGUGAUGCCAUCCAUGAGAUAGUAGCAAGCGGCUAAUUGGUUAAUCAAGUGAUUGUUGCAGUCGUAUGCUUUGACUGUUAUUUCAGUUUCUGUGAAUGGGAUCAGCGGCAGAUGGCUGCAAGCAGGCAGAUAAUGCUUGUUAUAGAAAAAUCAGUCCCUUGGGACUGGGAGCUGGGCUUUUGCUAGGGGCGGUGAUUUGCAUUUACUUCAGAGCUUUUCUAGUCUUUUAAACUGGCAAUAAUAAUCGUGCAUCACGCAAAUCAGAUCCAAAAGAGGAUUCUAUUUUGUUUUCCUUUUAAAUUUUUAAGUGGGAUUAAAUAUAGGUUUCAUCAAGCUUGUUUGAUAUACUUCUGAGAUUAUCUGAUAUGAAUUUUGGGAGGCAUCGCCCUCUAUUUUGUUUCA